CUCAACUAACUCCCAUGGCAUCUCCUCUCCUCAUCCUCACCCUCCUCCUCACCGCUUUAUCUCCGGCGAAUUCUGCCGCCUCCCCCGACUCCACCAACUUCAUCCGCCGCAGCUGCUCCGUAACCCUCUACCCCCAACGCUGCUACUCCUCUCUUAAACUCUACGCCGCCACCGUCCGGCAGAACCCCUUAACCCUCGCCGUCAUUGCCGCCAACAUCAGCCUCGCUAACAUAAAAGAAGCUUCUUUUCAGGGGGUGGCGCUGCAACGCCGCAAUACGAAGAGAAUAGCCUCCGCGCUGCAUGACUGCGUCGAUUUGCUGCUGACUGCAGCGGAUCUGACUGAGCAGUCGGCGGCGGAGAUCCAGAAGCUCGGACCGGCGGCGCAGGCCGGCGGGCCGAGUUUUGCUUGGGAGGUAUCGAAUGCUCAGACGUGGAUGAGCGCUGCGCUAACCAAUGAAGAUACCUGCAUCGACGGUAUUGACGAAGUAGUCGGCGGCGGCGGCGCUACCGCGGAGGUGGCGGCUUUUCGUGCGAAGGUUGCGAGGGUGGAGCAGUAUACCAGUAAUGCUCUUGCGCUGCUUAAUGCUCUUGUAGGUGGUUGAUUCUUCUGUUACGGUUAAUGGUAUACUGACGUUGCAUUUUAUUUUGGACGGUUAUGAUCGGCGGAUGGUUACCUAUAUGAUACGGGUUACUAUUGUAAUUAUAAAAAGAAUUUAAUUUCUUGCAAGUUUGAUCUUUCAGGUUUGUGAAUUGUUAAUAGAAAAAUGAAUUGCAGUGUGUCUUCUGAGUGGCGUGAGGUGUGGUGUAUUCUGUGUAGCAAUGCAUGUAUUUAUUGAUUUUAAAUUUUA